AUGAAGCUGCGGCGCGAAAGGUGUCUCGAGUCACACUGGGAAAAAAAAGACUUUCUUCGCUGUGCAAGAUACCCGUGCAAAAGAGAUGUAAUGCAACUGACCCACUGUGUGUUAUUCAUUGAGGCUGAUUGUGUGUACGUGUGCGACGACCGCAUCAUUCAGUUGAGUUGUGUUAUCAUGGCGGUAUGGACCGUAGGACGGAUAUAGAGACGGAUUAUUAGUUUUGCCGAAGAGAAUAAUUUACCAAGUGCAAGUGUGAUUGUGUGCGUGCGUGAGUGCUUUUAACGUACAGUGGAUGUGCAACACAUGUGCAACGCAACAUGGAAAGUGCAUCCGAACCACUGAAGCCAGCUACUGCAAGGCCGAUUUCACUGUUGAUCACAGUGAGUAAAAUGUGAGAACGUCGCUAUCGAACGAGAGAAGCGUUAUGAUUGUGAAUGAGCAGUGUGAUGUGUGAUUGUGAGCAGCAGCUGUGCGUGUGUGGUGUAGGGUUUAUCAGUGCCGUGCGCUUUGCUGUGUAGGGAAACAAGAAUCUCAUCUCCAACAACGUCCAAGGCUCGGCGCUGGAAUAGAGGAAUCUCAUAAAAUAAAAAUCUCCUUCGGUCAGUGUCAGUGCAUGAAGUGAAUUGGGGUUGUGUGUAAGUGUGAGCAAAUAAUAAAAAAAGGGAAACACAUCCUUAUUCCAUACGAAUACGAGUUGGCCGCAAUCGAGUGUCCAGAGAAGAACUGGCAAGUGUUUCUAGUGCGUCUUGGUCCUUGUGCCGAUUGUUCGUAGGAAUGGCACAUGGCGGUGAGCACCACUGAAUAGUGUGUAUGUGUACGUGUGUGUGUGUGCAUACGUGUGUGUAUGUGUGGUGUGUGCGCGCGCGUCUGUGUGUCGAAGCUGGCGGCUGCCGAAUGGCGGCAGGUGCGGCAAAGGGAGCAGAAUGAGCGGUGUCUACUGUAGCAGUUGCAGUUGGACAGCCAGCACUAGCACACGACGCACAGUGGUGCAGCAGCCGCCCACUACCGGUGCCACCAGUGGGUGCACCCACCGUCGACGUGGGCCACCCCGAAACCGUCCGCUUCGGCUGCAUCAUCGGUCGCUGCGAUCGGUAGUAACCAGCACGGCCAGCAGCAGCAGUAGUAGUAGUAGUAGUAGUAGCAGCGGAGCCACCACUACUAUCACCAACACCGACUACAAAAUCAACAGCAACAACUACUUCCAAAUCAUCACCACGAGCACCGACGACGAUAGGAUCGGACAUGUCGCAGGAUACACUGGCGGACUGUUCCCGCUACAUUCUGCAGGUAUACGUCGGUGCCCUGUCGCUGCACUAUGAGGCGCUUAGUGUGGAAGCAUCGAAGCAGACUACGGCAGAGGAGAUCGUUUCCUGUAUCGUCGAGCGGCUGGGCCUAACGGGAAACAACUAUGAGCUGGCGGAAGUGGCCGGCGAGUGCAAGGAGAGGCGACUUUCCGCGCACGAAAAACCCGUCUCCGUUAUGCUGCUGUGGCCGAUGCACUCGGAGAAAGAUUUUCAUAGAUUCUAUCUACGUGAAAUACAAAGCGACGUUCCUUGGCUAGAUAGUUAUGGACUCGAUCCACAGAUACUUAGAGAUUUUAUACCGUUUUUGUUGCAAAAAGAAAAUAGAGAAUAUCCUGACCUGUGCCAACUACCAGAUCUUAACGAAGCGACACUGCUCGAAAACCUUCGCCAGCGGUUUGAGGCCGGCCACAUCUAUACGUACGUCGGCAGCAUCCUGAUCGCCGUCAACCCGUUCAAGUUUCAUCCAAUCUACAAUCCAAAGUAUGUGCGGCUUUACCAGAACCAGCGGAUCGGACCGAUCCUGCCGCCGCACAUCUUCGCCAUCGCGGACAACGCUUACUAUAACAUGCUUAAGGAGAAACGCAAUCAGUGUAUCGUUAUCAGCGGUGAAAGUGGUUCCGGCAAAACCGAAAGCACCAACUUCCUGCUCCACCAUUUAACGGCCCUCUCGCAGAAGGGUGCACACGGGUCCGGCGUGGAGCAAACCAUACUCAGUGCCGGUCCCGUCCUGGAGGCGUUCGGCAACGCAAAAACGGCACACAACAACAACAGCAGUCGGUUCGGGAAGUUCAUCCAGGUGAAUUAUCGCGAGAAUGGCAUGGUGCAGGGGGCCGUCGUCCAGAAGUACCUGCUCGAGAAGAGCCGCAUUGUGUCGCAGGGCCACUACGAGCGGAACUAUCACGUGUUCUACUAUCUGCUGUCCGGUGCUACCGAUACCGAGCGGGACGCGCUACACCUGCUGCCGGCCGAGAAGUAUCACUACCUGAAUGCAAAGAAUCUCACGCUGGAGAACUGUGACGAGAAGUACGAGUUUUCGCGGCUCAAACAAAGCAUGGAGAUGGUGGGUUUUUCGGCGGAAAAGCAACGGCGCCUGUUCAACGUACUGUCCGCUGUACUGCUGCUCGGCAAUGUAGAGUUCUUCCCGAAAAAGUCCACCUACCACCAUGACGAAAGCGUGCAGGUGCGGAAUCCGGACGUGGUCGGGCUAAUCUCGGAGCUGCUGCGCGUCAAGCAGGAAACGCUGAUGUCGGCGCUCACCUCGAAGCGCGUGAAGGCCAGCGGCGAAACGCUGAUCAUGCAGUACAAGCUGCCGGAAGCGAUAGCGGCUCGGGACGCGCUAGCCAAGUGCCUUUACGGGGCGCUGUUCGACUGGAUCGUGCUGCAGGUGAACCACGCGCUGCUGAACAAGGACCAGGUCUUGCACACGGGUCACUCGAUCGGGGUGCUGGACAUAUUCGGUUUCGAGGACUUUGGGCCCCAGAAUAGCUUCGAGCAGCUGUGCAUUAACUAUGCGAACGAGCAUUUACAGUAUUACUUCAAUCUGCACGUGUUCAAGUACGAACAGAAAGAAUACAAACGCGAGGGAAUUAAAUGGACUGAUAUAGAAUUUCUAGACAAUUACGGUUGCUUGCAGCUGUUUGAAUCGAAACCAUCCGGUUUGCUGUGUAUACUGGACGAUCUGUGCAAUUUUCCCGGUGCCACAAACGAAACGUUGCUGCAAAAGUUCAACAGUGUUCACAAGGAUAAUGCAUUUUACGAAAAGCCACAGCGCAAAGAGAACGCAUUUAUCAUUAAGCAUUACGCGGGCAAGGUGAAAUAUCAGGUUGCCGAAAUGCGUGAAAAGAAUCUCGAUCUAAUGCGGCAGGACAUUGUGAGCGUGCUGAAAAACUCGAGCAUGGCGUUCGUGCGCGAGCUGGUCGGGGCGGACCCGGUGGCCGUGUUUCGGUGGGCAAUUUUGCGAGCCUUCUUUCGGGGGUACUUUGCAUUCCGGUCCGCUGGCAUCAAGCAUCGCAAGGAACGGGCCGACAUGUCGUUCAACAAGCUGGCGACCAAGACGCGAUACCGUGCGCCGAACGAUAGUAUCGUAAGCCAUCUCGUGACGGUCUCAUCGGUGAACUUAACAAUCAAUCGAAUUGCCAAACGCAUCAGCAAUGCCAUGAGCGAUAUCACAUCGGGCCAUAGUAACAACAACCAGUCCGGCUCAUCGCCCGGCAGCAAUCUGGCCUACCAUCGACAGUCCCUGGGGAAUGCUGGUGGUUAUGGUGGUUCACCGUCACCCGGCGGAACCCCGGGCGGUGGGACACCGCGCCGGUCCUGGUCUAGCUUUGCGGCGUUUAACAACAAAAAUUUCCCAGACGGCAAGCUGAACUACGAGUGCCACCAACAGCAGGAUCAUACCGCUGCCCAGCACCAAUCGAAGCAUCAACCAUCGGCGUCACUGUCCGCGUCGUUGUCGUCGGUUUAUGGGGGCGGUGGCAAAUCAUCGACCAGCGCGAAUUCGUCGGCCGGCGCACAGACGGGGGCCGGAGCAAACACCGGCAAAGGAUACGGAUUUGGGUCGGCAGCGGCACGGAACCGCUUCGAACGUUCCGGUCAGGAUGUGAUGGCUCGUGCGUCGCAGAUCGUAAUGAAAAACAAAUCCUUUCGCCCCCGGGAGCGGCCGAAGAAGGGGCUAAAGAAUCUGCAGUCGGUAAAGACGCUCUCGGCCGGCCAAAAUCUGUCCAACCAAACCUCAGCCAUCAAAACGCGCAAACAGCCGCUCACCGUGACAGCCCAGUUUCAAAACUCACUGAUCGCACUGAUGGAAACGCUGAAUCAGGCGAAUCCAUUCUUCAUUCGAUGCAUCAAAUCGAACCCGAACAAAAUACCGAACCAGUUUGACGAUGCAACCGUUACGAGACAGCUCCGCUAUACGGGCAUGCUAGAAACGGUCCGAAUACGACGCGCCGGCUACAACGUACGCUUGACGUACGAAGAAUUCAUCCAGCUGUACCGCAUCCUGCUACCGAAAGGGUUGGUCAGCUCGCAGAAAGAUGUGCGCGACUUUAUGAGCACGAUGGAUUUGAACAAGCAGCACUACCAGCUCGGCCUCACGAAAAUCUAUAUGCGCGAGUCGCAGAAGAUGCGGCUAGACAUCUCCCUGCACACCAAAAUCAUCGACAGCAUCAUCUGCAUUCAGCGCUGGUUCCGGGCGAUUCUGCAGCGCAAAAAGUAUUGCCAGUACCGUACCGCGGCCUGCACCAUUCAAUCGUACUGGCGCGACUAUCUGCGCGAAAAGCAGGAGAAGUUUACGCGCAAAAUACGCAACCAUGCUGCCACGGUCAUACAGGCGACGUGGCGUGGCUAUACCGUGCGCAAGUGGUACGGCAAGCUGAAGACGGGUGUGCUGAUCAUACAGGCGCGCAUCCGUGGCAAUCAGGCGCGGUCGCGGUUCAAGGAGCUGGUGAGCAAAAAGCUUCAGCGCGACCGGGCCAAGCUGCGGUCCACGCAGAGCUUGCCGGUCGAACAGCCGAUGGCAGCGGGUGGUGGUGGUGGUGGUGGUGGCUCAACGUAUCCGGAGGUGGUGCAUGCGAUCGAACAUCGGAAGAAGCCCAUACCGGCGGUGGGCCGUAGCUUCGAGACGGCCAUCGACAUUGUGAACAAAAACCGGGCACUCUUCGCCGACGACAGCAUGUCCGCCGACUUUAUCGAUGACGAUGAGGACGAGGAGGAGGAAGAGGAGGAGGAGGAGGAGGAGGAGGAGCUGAUCACGGGCAGCAGCAGUCGGCAAGCGACGGUCGCUACGGCCACCGGGGAGGAGGAGGAGGACGAAGACGAGGACGAUGAGGAAGGUUACGAGGAUCUUGGUUUGGUGGACGAUCCGCACUACAUGGCCAACAACCGAUCGGCACUGUUGUUGCAGCCGGCGAAACCUGCACCGUCCCAGUCGACGACGGUGAACAGCGCACUAUUAGAUAGGAAUGAAAAGUACAUCAAAAGUCUGGUCAUAUCGGGCGGCGGUGGCGGCACAGCAGCACCCUCCUCCGGUAGCAGUCCGUAUCAAAAAGCACCCCUGCAGCGUCAGGAAGACGUGCUGGAUCGGCCACAGCAGCGGGUGUACGACAUCGAGCGGGCAAGCAAGAGCACGUUCGACGAUACCGAGCUGGCCAAAUAUCGGUACGAGCGCGGCGGAAGCGCGUUGAGCAGCAGCAGCACGGUCAAGCUGCCGGUGCGACGCGUCGAUUCGGGCCCAUCGUCGGUGGCCGGCGGAUCGACCACCAUCGGUCGACCGGGCGUGCAGCGGUUUCGGUACGGUGAUACGUCGUCGUACGGUGGCAGCAGUGGCAUGAUUCGAAAUCAGAACCACAGCAAUAAUAGUUAUAGUAAUAGUAAUGUUGAAGUCGUGUUUGUAAAUACCGGACUAGAUAGUGGUGGUGGUGGUGGGGCCGGUUCGCUCUCGUCAUCGUCACCGGCGGCAAGGAAUCUCAAUCGAAACAGCAUCAGCAGUGGUUCGCUUACUCAAUCGUCGCUGUCGGCCAGCAUGCGGCGGGACUCGUUGCCCGUAAGCAGCCACCUCGGCAGCACACGCACACAGGGAGACGAAAUCAACUCCAACUAUCACAUGCACCAGCAGCACCAACCGCAGUCGUCGCUGUCGCCAUCCUCACCCGUUGUCACGCACCACCAUCCGCAGCAGCAGCAAAGCCAAUCGGCGUCAUCCUCCUCCUCGAUGACGCAUCCGCCUCACCCGCUACCGUUGGCGGCAAGCUCGGGCCACAUCGGAAACUAUCAGAACUUACAGUUCCCUCCUACGUCCAACUACCACCAGCAGCAGCAGCAGCAUCAUCAGCAUCACCACCAUCACCAGCAGUCGGUGUACAACAACAAUGCGACACCGCAGCCGGUAAAACUGUCCACCUCGACGCCUUACAGUGCCGCCGGCGGUGGCAAUGGUUCCUAUGCCGGAUCGUCGGUCGCUGCAUCUGCCGCCGCAGGCAGCCACCAGCGUGCAUCGGCAGCGUAUCCGGAUGAUUUCGCACAAAACUAUUACACGACAACGGCACCCACCGCGACACCGAAGGGCAAGGCGGCCGCCCUGCUCGGGACGGCCAAAUCGGAGGACAGUGCGGUAUCGAAUGCGGGGACCGCCAAGUAUGCGAUGGGCGGUGGCACCUCCACGCUCGCCAAAGCGGACAGCAGCGAUAUGGUGCUGUCGGCAGGCGGUAGCAAAUCAGCCAACGCGGCCAGCCGGCGCAUGAAGCCGACGAAUCUCAGCGAGGAGCAGCAGCAGCAGCAGCAGCAGUUGGCCGGUUCCAGUUCCGCCGUCAGCUAUCACCCCGGGACGGGUCUAACGCGACGCGGUCCGGUCGGUUCGAGCAGUCCCAGUGCCAGCGGCAACACUAGCAGUACCGGGGUCGGUGGCGUGGAUACGCUCAAGCGCCGCAACUCGGACCCGACCAACAAGAUCCCGCUGCUGGAGGUGAACCGUGGCAACGAUAUGUACCAGUCGAGCACGCGCAUCAACAUCGCCGGCCACCAGUUUCGGAAGGUGCAGCGCAUCAACAAGGCGGAACGGUGCGCCUGCUGUCAGGAGAUCGAUUCGUUCGUGAACGAAGGCUACCGGUGCCUGGACUGCAAGGUGCUGGUCCACACCAAAUGCAUCCAGAACGGGGGCAUCAAGUCGCUGCAGUGUGCGGCAGCGAAGCGGUCGAAGCGGAUUCGCACGGGUGGUGGCGGCGGCGGCGCCGGCGGACUCGGUGGUUCCGCCAAGCACGACAAGCACCAUCCGAUCGCGGGCGGCAGCGGGCAGAAAAUUUCGUCCACGCGCGAGUACACCGAUUCGACCGAUAAGAUUAUAAGCGAUGCCAAAGAGCUGCAGCUGAUGCAGGACUUCAUCACGCAGAAGAUCUGCAAGAUGGAGAACGACUGCGAGAAACCGUCGGAGGUGGACCGGGUGUUCAAGCAGGCGCUGCGCGAGUUUAAGGACAAUCUGGUGGCCCAGUACAGUGUGGCGCACCGGCAGAACUCGGACGUGCUGAACAUCAAGUAUCGCGACCUGAUUGCCAACUUUGAGCAGGUGAUCGAAACGACGUCCGGGCGCAAGAACGACUUCCCGCUGACGAUGGGCGUGAACGCGUUUCGGGGCUUUAUGAACGAGUUUAUGAACUCGCGCGAAACGGAAAAACCGAAAACGAAGCGAAAGAAGGACAAGAAGCGAAAGCACGACGAUCACACCACGUUCAACGGACAUACAUUCCAGCUAACGAUACUCAACAUUGCGACCGCGUGUGAAAUAUGCCAACAGUUUCUCCUGUGGCCGAUUGAGCGUGGACUGGUGUGCCAAAACUGUAAACUAACCUGCCACAAAAAGUGCUACCAGAAGUCAGCAUCGUGCAACAAAAUCUCCAACGCCGAUCCGAACUCGCUGCUGGGCGCCGGCGGAAGCGGUUCGGCCGUUGUUGCCGGUGGGUGCGGACCGGACGGUCAACCACUGUACGGCGGUGGCAUUCCGACGAAGCUGUUCGGCGUCCCGCUGACCGCGCUCUGCGGCAGCAACAGCGAUGGCGUCAAAAUACCGGCCCAAAUUACCAAGCUGAUCAUGAUGAUCGAAAUGCACGGCCUCUACUCGGAGGGCAUCUAUCGGAAGAGUGGCGUCAGUUCGAAAAUUAAGGACCUGAAGGCGAAGAUGGAUCGGGCGGUGACGAGUGCGGACGGGGGCGGUGGCGAGAUGGACUUUGAAUCGUACAACGUGCACGUGCUGACGAACGUGCUGAAAUCGUUCCUGCGCGAAAUGCCCGAACCGCUGCUGACGUUCGACCGGUACGAUGACUUUUUGCGUGCGGCCGAUCUGUCGGAUGGCAGCGACCGGGUGCAGACGCUCCUGUCGCUGGUGAAAAAGAUCCCACCGGCCCAUCACUGUCUGUUCGAGCGGUUGAUCUUUCACCUGGCGCUGGUGGCGAAGCUCGAGCAGUACAACCGCAUGUCGGCCAGCUCGCUCGCGAUCGUGUUUGCGCCGUGCGUGCUGCGGACCAACCGGUACGUACCGGCCCAGGACAGCCUGAACGAUAUCGGCCGGCAGACGAAGUGCAUGGAAACGCUCAUCACGCAAAAGAUGCUGAACGUGAAGAGCACGCUGGCGGACAUCGAUACGCUCGAUACGGCGGCGCACACGGCCACGGCGCGGCUUAGCACGUUGCGCAGCAGCAAGGUGUUUACGCAGGAGGAGAUGGCCAAUGCGCGGGGGAGUGGUGCGAGCGGGUUGGCGACCGGCGGGCUGCUCGAAACCGAAACGGAGGAAAUGCUGCUCGAGGGCCAUAUACAGGAGAUCCGGAAGGAGAAAGCAUUGCUCACGUCGACGCUGCCGAGCUUGGCGCGGGCCAGCUCGGACGAUGAUCUGCUGUCGACCGAUCUGGACGGCGAGGGUGGCAGUUUGGACGAUUUAAGCAACAGCAAGGAGAAAGACCUCGAUGUUAGCAGUGGUGGUGGUGGUGGUGGUGGGAGCGGCGGAGGAGGAGGACCGGGAGGAGGCGGCGGCAACAUGAUCAGUGACAGUGGCAUCUCGAUCCGCUACCAGGCACCCUCCGAUCACGGCGGUAGUAGUAAUGUUAGUCUUAAUAAUGACGUCCCGAUGGCUGUGAGUUAUUCGUUACGUGAUCAGAGUGGAGCGGGUGGUUCGGGGGGUGGUGGUGGUGGUGGUGCAGGAAUGGAGUACUUUCACAAGAUGGGUUCGUCGUCCGGUGCGAGUUCGGCGUCGGCGGCAGCAGCAUCCGGUGUGAAAACGAAAUCCCUCUCGCACCAAACACUGCUCGAGCGGGAAGCGUUCCUUCGCGGCAGUGGUUCGGCCACAUCCGCCUCCUCACCCCAGUCCCCAACGGCGGCCACAUGCGCGACCGCCUCCUCCACACCAUCGUCAUCGGCCUCGGCCCCAUCGAUGAUAAAGUCGCAGCAAAACGGCAACGGCACAGCCGGUGUCGGAGAGCGAGCGGCAGGAUCGGGCAGCGGCAGCGGCUCGGGGCCGGGUGGUGUGGCACCAACAGCAAACAGUGGCGCAAAGCGAGCGGACAUCAACCUAAGCCACUCGAUGAUAACGCUCUCGACGACGUCCAACAGUCUCGGUGGCAGUACGACCAGCAGCAGCAGCAGCAGCGGCGUCGGUGGCAGCUCCGGUGGCAGUACCGGCAGUGGGAGCGAUUUGCAGCGCCAAAAGCCAAUCAUCAUCCGGAGCGUAUCGGGUGGGUACGAGGUGGGACACCAUCAUCACCACCAUCCCGUCGGUGCGUCGUCGGGCGGUGGUGGUGGACCAUCCGCGAACCACCGGAUACUGAUACAGGGUUCACCGAUCACGGCCGGUGCCACCAUCACGACUACCACCUCGCCGUCCGGCGCCACUUCCUCCUCCACGUCCGCAUCCAGCUCUUCCAUCAACUCGGCGAAUCUGCACGCGAAAGACAAUAAUGGGAUGGGAAAGGAGGGUAUGUCGACGGGCAGCGCCAAGCUGGUUUCGCGACGGAUGUCCGCCGGCGGCACCAACAAACGAUCUGGCGGCGGUGGAGGGCCGGGUGGUGCGGGCAGCAGCAGCAGUGGAGCUGGCGGACCGGGACCACCUGCCGGUGACGAUGAACCGAUUAUGGUUUGAAAUGUACCGGUGACAGAUGGGGCGGACCGUCGCGCCAGCACACACACACACAGACACAGGUCACGCUUCUUAAGCUUAAGUUACGCGGUAAUGCCUCCUGUCCUGUUUCGGUUUCGUGUGUGCGUCGUGAGUGUUUGUUUGUUUGUUGGCGAAUUCAGCCUGGAUCGCAAGAGAUCCUCCCGACCCCGCUGGUCUGCUUAUUAAGUCAACCGUGCUCAGCAGAUCAGAUCAGCAGCAGCGGCACAGUUAGUCACAGAGAGGACGCAUCGAACGCAUUGGCAAAAGAGAGAGAGAGAGAGCUCGGGGCGCGCGCGUUUUACAUUAAUUAAUUUAUAACGAUCGAUCAUAUUAUUAUUAUUAAACAGAGCAGAUAGUAGCAGCAAUAGUAGUAGUAGUAGAACGCUAGGCCCGCCGCCACCAACUGACAAAACGCGCGAAUGCGUUAUGGGACGGGAUGCGCGUGAGAAUAAUUGAAAAUACUCCAAACAGCAUAUGCGCAAACGCGAAUCAUGAGCCUGUGUUUGCAUUUGAAUCGCUUCUCUAUUCGACGUCCACACACAAAAACCCUCCACUGUUCUCCGGCGAAGAAGAAGUGUGUUGUAUAGUAAAGGAAAGGAGCAGGAAAAGAGAGACGGCUUUCUACUAAAGAGCUGAGGAGUAAACGGAAUAAGACACGAAUCGAAUUGAACAGGAAUCCGCAGAACAACACUACUUUGGAUAUGACUAAUCCAAUCGAACUAGAGAGAUAGAAAGAGAGAGAGAGAGAGAUGAUUUAUGUGUAACAGAGAGAGAAGACGCUAGGCCGACUGUGUGCGAGUGUAAGUGGUUACAUUCUACUAGCACACCACCAAUCCACGCGAUCGUGCAUGUGUGUGUGUGGGAUAAAAUCUCAUGGCACAUGGGCAGAGGCCAAACGUCGUUUAUUGACGAUGGAGUGACGGUUUGAGAGAGAUAGAGAGAGAGAAAGCAACCCAAAAGCAUGUGCUUGCCGCGUGAUCAAAACAAGCGUCCAUUUGUUUAACACAAUGUGCGGCUCGACAGAUUGUUUCAAACAGUUGGACACUUGGUUUUUUUGCGAUGGAAAGCGCCGUGCGAAAAAGGACGUUCCCUUGUUAUUAUACAACGAGGGGAGGUCAUGUGAGUACGACGGCAUUGUGUUUGGCCAUCUUGUGUGAAUAACGUUAAUUUAUCAGCUUUUCCCCCUUUGUACUCAACACACACACACACACACCUAGACAACCUCCUCCUUUUGGUUGGUUUUCUGAUACAAAAAUCAGAGCAGAUCGAGCAGAUAAAUGAGAACGACUACUACUGAUACUGAUGAACUCUUCAGACAGAGCAAUAAUAACUUAUACAUAUAUAAACAAGCAUGUAAACUUAUCAUUAUAAAUAUGUACAUUUAAUGUCUUCCUGUUCUUCGUUUAAGCCCCCCCCCCCCGCCCCCCUCUGUUCAGUCCGAUUAUUCCAUGCUCCCUAUCCCACUUCCCCCACCUCCUCGAACCUCCUCGAUACAGCGCUUCCGAUUCCGAUUCCCGCGACGAGCCGGACACGGACUACUAAUAGUAUAGGAGAAAGCUAGCAACGGAACGAAACGAACGAAUCUGUGAAUAAUAUUAUUGUGUGUGUUAACUGCUGGAGGAAAAUGCCUUUAUUCAUAUACAUUAACAUUAUUAAGUUUUUCCUGCUGAAUCUCUUCGUUCCCAUCUAAAUUGCCUUAGCAUGCCGGUAAACAUGUCCUCAACACACACUGAUGCGCUGGAUGUAACACAACACAACUAACCUGUGCAACGGUAAAAAUCCGCGAGAAGCAUUCGAAGGUCUUCUCACAGGCGGCAGGCGUGUGUUGCAAAAUAAUGUGGGGAAAAAAGAAGAAGAAGAGCAGCACACUUUAUAAGUACAUAAAAUAGCAACAUGAAGGUAACAACGAUGAAUGUGCGAACGGAGUGUGUGUGUGUUGCCGUGUUAUAGAUAUGUGUAUGUGGAACACCGGGAUAGGUAAACGGAUGCAAAACACGCGGUUCCCGGUAGACCUGGAAUAAGAAAACAAGAAAAUUAAAAUUAUACGUUUGUUUUGUCUUUCUUUGCCCUAGGUUAUAGUUUAGUAAGUAUUACCUUUUUUGUUGUUGAGAACCUAUUAUUAAUUGUGUUUCGUUUUGUUCGUUUCGUUCGUCUGUUUGUCUGUGUGCUUUCGUUCUUUCUAUUCUGAUUAGAUGGUUUUGUUUUUCAUUUUCCUGAUUUUGUUUGUGUCUCCUCAGGCAAGUACAUUACAUUUACUCAUAUUUGUUUAUUACUUAUUAAUUUACUUCUUAUUAUUUACUUACUUUAUUUAUUAUUACAAGAAAAGUCCCACAAAAAGUACGGGGCGCAAGUGUACGCAAGUUGUGUGGAAGAUCACGGUGAAAUUUGGGCAUGAGUAUGUAGGACAUAAGAGGGUAAAAGACUCGAGAAGCACCCUCCCCCCUAGAAUCUUUUAUGUGCAGCACUGUGGCCUGUCAUUUUUAUUGCACAGUGGGAUUUUUGUAUGGUCAUAACUCGUUUGUAAAAACAUUGUGCAUUGUUCCUUAAUACUGUUACUAGACAGCGAGUUGAGCAUGGUACUAUACAGUGUAAUAAGUGAUUUGAAAUGUUUUUAUUCUUAUUUUUCCUCCUUUACUGAAUAUCUAUGCCCGUUAACAAGUAUCUAUCGAACCAAUGUUCCGUUACAGUCCGGGAACACCGUGUAUGUUGUAAGCCUGAUUGGUCACUCCUAGCGUGACCAAAAAUUAUUACGUAGCUCCUGUAAGCCAAACAUUCGACUUUAUUCAACCAUUUUUGACCACACUGAAAGCACACUGUGAAGCUUUCGCAACGUUUACUGGGGAUUGCAUACAUUUAGGCGGAAAUCCUAUAGUGCCUAAAAAAUUUUGUCAGGGGGGAGCCUUCCCGAGUCUUUUACAAUUUUUAGUACUUCUAAAAUGAAGUUAUGCAGAUAACUUAAUGAAACAAUAUUUAGUUUUUAAUAGUUUGAGCUCAACAUUUUUAGAAAGUUUUAUAAAAACUAUUACUACAUUUUGCAAUGCCAAAUGCGAGUGAUUAAUACUUUAUAUGUGAAACCUAACUGUGUGUUUAGAUUCAUAUUUUUGUCCUAAGUCGCUAUGUUCUCAUUCCACUGUGCAUUACCUCGAAAGCUUGCGUACGAGUGUGUUUCAUGCAACUAUUGGGUCUUUUUUACUACUUUUUACCACUACAACUUAUUUAUUUAUUUAGUUUUAUUUUCCUUUAUAUUUUUAAGGACUUCUCCAGAACGAAGAGACCGAAAUUAGUGGUUGUGUGAACGCGAAAAGAAAAGCGGAAAUCAAUUUUCAUUUCUGUUGUCCUUUCCCGCCGAUUGUUUUUCUUCUCUGGAUGGUAGGAUAUGCGACCGAUAAGCACUCCGAAUAUCGCUUAAGAUCACCAGAACCGGACCAGAAAGACAGAUCAUGUCCCAGAACCGCAGGAGCAGCGUGUGUCUGUGUGUGCGCGUGUGUUAUUGGCAGACGAGACGUAGCAGUGGCCUCAAAAAGCACAACAAAUCCAGUUAAAUCAUUCCACUCAGAAAGAUACAAAGGAAGAGAAAGAGAGAAAGAGAGUGGAGAAAAACAAAAACAAAACAAACAAAGGUUCCAAAUGUCUAACAAAGUCGAAACACAACAAACAAACAAAAACGGGAGAAGAAUUGUAAUUAGGUGUAAGGUAAGCACCUGUGUAUAUCUGAUAGCAAAAUAUUAAACCUAUUUGUAAUGGAUUAUAAAUCAAAGCAAACAGAGUAAGGGUUGCUUGCUAAAGAAAAAACAGAGAAAAAUGGACAAAAAACGAAAAGAAGAAGGCAAAAGAGAAGACAACCGACAGGAAAACACUCAGAGAGAUGGAUUAAGAGAGAGAGAGAGAGAGCGCAACAUAGGCGUAUAUUUAUAUCUUUGUACUACAAACCGAAAACCGAAUGUCGUGUUCGAAGAGCAAGAAGCACACAAGAAAAAGCAGCAAAUAACUUGUUGAGAGAGAGAGAGAGAGAGAGAACGAGAGAGAUGGAUAGGUGCCUAAUUGUAAAAGUUGUUCACAUUGUUAAACAUGCUUUUGUUGUUGUUAUUUGCGUUGUAACUUAUAGUAAUGAUUUACUAGAUUUUUGUAAUGUUGGAGCUAUUUUAUUUUUAGUUAAGUAAAAUAGUGGAGAAAGAUGGGGAAAUUUAUAGAACGAAUGUUAAAAUAAUUAAAUCGCUAGGACAAACGAUAGGAAAGAUAGAAGAAGGAAGGGAAUUAUAAUCAAAUCAAAACAUAACAAAAAUCCAGCAAAGGCAAUAAGUUUGUUUUAAUCAAAAGAAAUAGAGAAUGAAGGUAUGAUGAACAGAUGGACACGAAAACAAAUCAAAACGGUAGAAACGAUGGAACCGAAAAUCUCAAAAACAAAACUGAAGGAAUCGACAUUACAGAGUUUUUCAGUUGAUAUUCAGUAAAAGCCUCGUUACAAAAAAAGGCUCCUUGGAUGAAAUUUUAAACAAAGCUAGUUGACAUGGGAACGGCUUCGGAUGACAGGGGAAUCAAGUUACCUUUUAUUAUAAAAUUAUUGUGAGUAUAUUGAGCACGGCCUGUUAGCGCUCGGACAAGUAGGUCACCUACAGGUAUAAACACGGGCUGUGAGACACCUGUCAUCCGAAGCCAUCUCUAUUGUCAUUGGCCUUUGUUUACCAUUUCAUCUAAGGAGCCUACAAGAAAGAUCGAUGCUUUUACAUUAUCAACUAAAAACCCCCUGUAAGUAAAUACAGUAAAUAGCCAAAACCUGACACCGAUUUCGUUAACAAAACAAAAGAAAAAGAAGAAAAGGAAGAGAAGAGACGUCACCAAUUUCCAAUACCUCAACGGUUGUUAGUGUGUUGUUUUUAGAGCUGGUUGUUUAUUUAAAAAAAAGUACAUGUUUUAAUUCUCUUAAAAAUGAAGAAAAGCAAGACGGUUAGUAAAAGUAAAAAGCAAGUUCUAUAGUACCGUUGCACAAAUGUGUUGUUAGAUUUGUUAAUCCAUUUUAAAGGUUUCGAUUUUUUGUUAAGAGUAGGAUAGUUAAUUUAAUUUGUUUGUAGAUUAGUUAGAACACACACACACACACACACACCUUUAUAUGAUCCACCGAAAACCGAGAGAGGCAACUUUAGGGAUUAUGAUACAAAACAAAAAACAGAAACAAGCAAAGCGAAAAACAAACGUUGUAGAGUAAUUGUGCAUAUAUAUACAUAGAGUAGAUUAAAAAUCUAGCAACAAGGUGGAAAAGAAAAGAAAAAAAGACGAGGAAACUAAAACAGAAAAGAUCUAACUAAGUAAAAACAGAAAGUUCGAUCAGAAACAAUAUUGCAGGGAACGCGCAACAAGCCACACUGUGUACUAGGAAAAGGUAAAAAAAAGGUAGCAAUGAUGCAGAAAGCGCUAGGAAAAUAACACCCCCAAAAGCUUAUGAUAAAAAAGAACGAACAAACAAACAACACACAAUCAAAGUGACUAAAUGCAACACAGAAAAAGAAGUAAACAAUUGCAACAAACAAAGUAAACAAUGUAAAAUAGAACAAUAUAAAGCCAAGGGCAAUCAGAAGUGUGUGUGUGCGGGUGUGCGUGUGAAGCAUUGUUCACACAACCAAAACCAAAAACAUGUCCAUGACAAGGAAAGAAAGACAAAGCGGAACAAAGAAAACAGAAAAAAGUAGAAAACAGAUAAAAUCCAACGAUAAAGGAAGAAGAAGAGGGAAGAAGUGUAAAGAAGAAGAAGAAGAAAAGAAAAACAAAGUUAGCAAAAGGUAACAGGAUAACAGAAAAAGUGAACAUAGAAAAACCGGUGGAAACUCUAUCUAAUCCAUUACUUAUAUAUAUAAAUGUUCAAACCAGCAAAAAAAAAAAACACAAGAAAGAGAAACAAAAAGGAAGAACUGUUUGUGAAACUUAUAGCCAAAUUGAGAGAGAAAAGAAAACAAAAAAAAAUUGUUUAAAAAAUGAUGAAAAAAGGAAAAGUAAACGAAGAAAGCAGAAAGAAAUAUUUCUAACAUUAUUUAAUCACAGCAGGAAGCAAAACAGGCGAAAGCGAACUGUUUAAAAUAAGUGAGAAGUUUGAAGAAAGAAAAAAACUUAUAUAUGUAGAAAUAUUGUAAAGAAAAGAAAAACCAGAGACAGACACACACAUACCUACACAACAUGAAAUGUAUUUCUAGUAAAUAAUAAACAAAUAAACAGAAAUGAUCGAUAUGAUUCAAAACAAAUUACGGUAAACAUCUUACAGAGAAAGACAGAGAGAGAGA